AUGUUUAACCGACAGAACAGCCUGUGGAUGGGUGACCUGGACCCGUACAUGGACGAGAACUUCGUCAAGCAGGCCUUCAGCGCCAUGGGAGAGUCACCGUUUGGAGUUAAGAUCAUCACUCACCGGAUAACAGGCGGCUCGGCAGGCUACUGCUUUGUGGAGCUGGCCGAUGAAGCAAGUGUCGACCGCUGUGUCCAAAAACUCAACGGGAAACUGGUCCCUGGAUCAAACCCGCCCCGGAAAUUUAAGCUAAACUAUGCCACGUACGGGAAGCGACCAGAGGCAGGGCCAGAGUUCUCGGUGUUUGUGGGCGACCUGGCCUCUGAGGUGGAUGAUUUCCAGCUCCAUCAAGUCUUUAAGAAGUACACUUCCUGCAAAGGGGCCAAAGUAGUGACAGACCAGUACGGGUACUCCAGAGGCUACGGCUUCGUCAAGUUCGGGGAGGAAAGUGAGCAGAAGAAGGCCAUAGAGGAGUGCCAGGGCACGGUGCUGGGAGGGAAGCCCCUCAGGCUCAGCAUCGCCGUGGCCAAGAGCCAAAAGAUGAGCAACUACCACGGGGCCCAGGGUCAGGGUUACCACGGCAACUACAACCAGGCCCAGCCCGGGUACUACGGCGGCCACCCGGGCGGCGGCCAGAGCGGCUACUACCCCCCGUGGGGGGGCUACGACCAGUACGGGGGCUACAACAACGGGGGCUACGGCGGGGGGGGCGGCUACAACAGCGGCUACAACUACAACUACGGGCCCUACGGGUACCCCCCCCCCGGCCCCAUGAUGCCCCCCCCGCCCAUGGGCAUGCCGCCCGCGCCCACAGACGGUGAGGAGCUGUAUGAGGCCAUGAUGUCCUCCCACUGGCUCCCCCUGGACUGUGUGGACUCCCCCAUCCCCCCCCUCUCCUGA